ACUCCCUUACUAGUGUGCUGACUCCCUUACUAGUGUGUUGACUACUGAACUGGUGUGAUGACUACCGAACUAGUGUGCUGACUGCUGAACUAGUGCGCUGACUACUGAAAGAGGGAGCUGACUACUGAACUAGGGAGCUGACGGAGAGAUUUAGUUUGGGUUUAUUUUGCUCUCUGUUCAUUGUUCUCUUCAUCUCAAACAGAGAAAGUCCUGCUGAAGCGAUUGAGAUCCUCGUGACACACAGAUACUGAACUAGUGUGCUGACUACUGAACUAGGGAGCUGACGGGAGAGAUUUAGUUUGGGUUUAUUUUGCUCUCUGUUCAUUGUUCUCUUCAUCUCAAACAGAGAAAUUCCUGCUGAAGCGAUUGAGAUCCUCAUGACACACUGAUAUAAAGAUGGUGUUUAUUAAAGAGGAGAGCAAAGACUUCAGGAUUGAAGAAGUGUUCAGUCUGAAACAAGAAGAGACUGAGGAACAAACAGGCCAAGAUCUGAAUGCAAUGGAACAGACAGAUCAGUAUGAGAAACUCCAUGAUUUAAUAACUGAUGAAAAAACUACACAGACUAAAACAGCUUCUAUACAAAAAAGAACUCAGAAAACCAAAUCUAACAACCGUUUCACCUGCCAUCACUGUGGAAGGAGUUUCAGAGAAAAACAAAAUCUUCAAACGCACAUGAGAGUUCACACUGGAGAGAGACCAUUCACCUGCCAACAGUGUGGAAAAAACUUCACUCAACAAGGAUCCCUCAAAAGUCACAUGAGAACUCACACGGGAGAGAAGCCUUUCACCUGCCAACAGUGUGGAAACAGUUUCACUCAAAAAGUAUCCCUUAAAUAUCACAUGAGAACUCACUCGGGAGAGAAGCCUUUCACCUGCCAACAGUGUGGAAACAGUUUCACUCAAAAAUCACACCUUCAAAGUCACAUGAUAACUCACUCGGGAGAGAAGCCUUUCACCUGUCAGCAGUGUGGAAAGAGUUAUACACAGAAAAGCACCCUUCGUUCCCACAUGAGCAUUCACACUGGAGAGAAGCCUUAUACAUGUGAACAGUGUGGAAAGAGUUUCCCUGCAAAACAAAACCUUAAAGUCCACAUGAGAGUUCACACUCAAGAGAAGCCUUACUCUUGCAAGUAUUGUGGGAAGAGUUUCACACAUGCAUGCUCCCGCUAUUACCACAUGAGAGUUCACACUGGACCGAAGCUGUUCACAUGUGAUCGUUGUGGAAAGACCCUCACAACAGAAUUUAGUCUUAAGUGUCACAAGCUCAGGCACACUGGAAAGAAACCCUUCAAAUGUGAUCAGUGUGGAAAGGGUUUCAUACGUAAGAUGAGACUUAAUUACCACAUGAAGACUCAUUCGGCAGAGAAAUGCUGUAAAUGUGCUCAGUGUGAAAAGAGUUUCAGGAAUAAACGUAGCCUAAAUGCUCACAUUAAAAAACAACACACUUGAGAGAAGCCUGUGGGAAGAGCUUCUCACAAAUAAUCUUAAGAUUCACAUGAAAUAUGUGUGGAAUCAUGAAGAAACCCACACGAGAUUUCACUCAGGGGAGAACCAUUAUGCCAUCAAGUGUUUCUCAGUCAGAGGAAACCUGAAGACUCACAGAGGAGUUCACACUGGAGAGAGGCCUUUCAAGAUCAUUCUGGAAAUAAAGUGCGACUGUGACGAGGUUUACCAAAAGAAGCAAUUUAAAAAAUCCCCAGCAUAUUCACUCUGGAGAAAGGCCUGUUAACUUUGAUCAAUGUAAUACAUUUGACAUUACACCUGAUAGAUACACCUAAGAAGUCAUGAAAGUUAGACAGUAUUUUUGUGCUUUGUGGAGAAAGCUUUAAAUAGCCCUGCAUUUUAAGAGCGCAUAAGAAAAUAGGUAUCUGUUUGAAAUUAAGACUACGCUCACACCACAGCUGAAUGUGUGCCAUAUCUGAUUAUGGCACCUUCAUAGCCAUGUCUUUUAUUUGUAUAUUUCUAUUUUUAUCUACGGAAUUAACUUGGAAUUAAAAUAUUAAAUUUCUGUCUUGCUGCAAAAUUCCACAAUGUAACUAAAUGGUUAUAAAUAAAAUGGUGAACUGCAUGAAGUAAUGAGCAUUGCACUGAAUUAUUUGAUGCAUCUUUAGUGAGAGAAUGCACAGGUAAAAAAUUUUCAGUCUUGACUUACGGUGGUGGCCAAAAUGAUUAGGCCACUAGUAUUUUCAGUAGCUAAAAAUGGUUU